UUUCAUCUUUUAGAAGCAGAACGCUUCUCUCUCACACACGGAAACCAGCAGCAGGACCUGUCCCUAUUACCGGACCUUGGUACCGAUCUGGAUUAACGCUUGCUUGGCACUUCAUCUCUGGAGCUUACCGGAACAGCUGAGCGCUGUGGAUAUUUGCCUUUAUCCUGGAUCUUGUGGAUUAUUUAACUGACUUCGACAUGACUCUGGAGGAAGUUGUUGGGUCUAGCAGCACCGAGAAAAAGAUGGAGCCGGUGAGUCAGGCUCUGGAGGAGCUGCUGGUGGCGGCGCAGCGGCAGGACUGCCUCACCGUGGGAGUCUACGAGUCCGCCAAACUCAUGAAUGUAGAUCCGGACAGCGUGGUCCUUUGCCUCCUAGCCACAGAUGAGGAGGAUGAAGAUGACAUCGCGCUGCAGAUCCACUUCACGCUGCUUCAGGCUUUCUGCUGCGACAACGACAUCAACAUCCUGCGGGUGUCCGGGAUCCGGCGGCUAGCCCAGCUGCUGGGCGACGACACCGAGGACGGGAACGGCAACGGGGGCGAGCCCCGGGACCUGCACUGCAUCCUGGUCACUAAUCCCCCGGUCCACCCGCUGCAGUGCCAGGCCCUGCAGGACGUCAGCAGCUUCUGCAAGGAGAGCCGCUGUAAGAACCAGUGGGUCCCCUGCCUGGAGCUGCAGGACCGCUAACUGGCGCCGAACCGAGCAGAACCGCCGAGGAGCGGUGGAUGGAGCUGAAUUAACGCAAACGACCAGUCCUCGUGAGAAGAGGCGUAACGGCGUUUGAGAGGCGCGGGACCGAGCCGUGGAUGCAUAAACCGACCCAUCCGGUCAGGAGCGCGUGAGGUGUCGUUGCUGGUUCCGAGAGCCGAACCGAACUGGACCGUGCUGGAUGGCGGAGUUACAGAGAUGGAGGCGUUUUGAUGCGAUGAGUGAUAGCGAGGAGCUGCACGUGACGUUCCGGACUGGGCUGCAAGUGAUGCAGGUGUUCCGCUCACCUGUUCGGACACAACUGGACACUUUGUUUUACAGUGACGUCAUGUCUGAUUAUUUACCUGAUGGAAGAAUGAAUCAGCGUGUUGAUGUAAAUAAACAGUUGAAAGAUAAA